GGCUGAAACAGAGCGAGCGAGAGAGAGACCAAAGGACCGACCCGGAGCGAGAGCUGGAACCACCCCCCCCACCCCCUUCCGGGCCCUUUUCUUUCCCCCUCGAGAUUUCCCCCCUUCUUUCUCGAAUUGCGAGCAUGACCGACAUCAGCCACAAGGUGGAAGACGUGGCGGACCUGAGCGUCGACAAGGCGAUCGCCCGCAAGAAGAAGCAGUACCCGCCGCCCCGCUCCCAGCAGCGCCGUAAGAAGACGGGCCCCACCGUCACCCAGCGCAUCCUGCAGGUCGCCGCCGCCACCAAAGAGCGGCGGGGCAUCUCGCUGGCCGCCCUCAAGAAGGCUCUCUCGGCCAAGGGCUACGACGUGAGCCGCAACAACACGCGGGUCAACCAGACGGUGAAGAACCUGGUCCGCAAGGGCUCCUUGGUGCAGACGGCGGGCAUCGGCGCCUCGGGCUCGUUCCGCUUCAACCGCUCCCGCACCCGCGCCGACACUCCCGCGCUGGCCUUGGGGGGCCCGGGGGCACAGGGAGGCGGCAGCGUCCCCGCCGCCUUGGCCAAGGAGGAGUCCGGCGGCAGCGCCGCCUCCGUCCCCAAGAAGAUCUCGGCGACCAAAGCUACGGCGGCCUCGUCCAAGAGAUCGACCCAGGCCAAGGCUUCGGCCACCAAGAAGGGGCGGGGGGCGGCCGCCACCAGGAGGCGGAAGGCGGCGCCUGCCAAACCCAGGAAGGCAGCGCCGUCGGCUCGCCGCAAGCUCAAGGCCACCGCCCGGCGAGCCAACCGCGGCAGAGCCGGCGGGGCGGCCCGUCUUUACAAGAGCAAGCCGUUCCGCCUCGGUGCCGGCCGAAAGGUCAAGCCGUCCGGGGCGAACGUGCGGCGCCGGCAGCCGCCCGGAGGCAAGCCCAAGCGGCCGGUAGGUCGCCCGAGAAAAUACCCGCCCUUCGUGGGCAAGAGAAGCUUCUACGCCCGGCGGUAAGGUUGGCGAGCCCGUGAAGGACACUAUAAAACACAACGGCUCUUUUCAGAGCCACCACAUUUUAACAAAACGGAGCUGACUGCGUGAAAGUUGGCGGAUAUUUUCUUUGGUACCCGGUGGGUCGCGCCGUGGUGGUUAAAAUAUUAACGCAGAUUUCAUUGUGAAAAAAAAAUAAAACAAUCCACGUAGCAAAUCACCUUUCGGGAUUUUAAAAUAAAUUUUACAAGUUUUAAUGUUUGGAGUCGGGAUUAAUUCGCAUUGGUCUGAUUUAGUCGCGUCUCACGUGUAUACGGGAUGUUUUGUUUGAUGUCGCCUUCACCGCUCCAUUUGAAAAGAGCGCGUUAUUUUUCUUUGAAAUUCGGAUGAGAACAUCGCGAAUGUCUGAUGGUAGGACGGCGAUCGUGAGCUUUUUAACCACGGGAUCAAACUCAAAUCUUCCCAAAUUCUCCCACCUCUGUCUUGUGAUAUCUUUUCCCUCCAGAUGCUGCCGGCCUCGAGUCUUUCUGGUACAGCCUUUACUAAUUUCAGAAUUUCUACGUAAUUGUUAAUUCACUCGUGGGGUUUGGGCGUCACUGGUUUUAUUGUUGUCUAUAUUUGUCAUUGAGAAGGUAGUGAUGGGCUGUCGUCCUGAACCGCUGAACCUGAGCGCAGGCGUUUUGUCUGAAAAAGAGAUUUGAACAAACCCGUCUCUCAAAUAAACUUCUUUUCCUUCGGAUUAGUUUUUGAAUGUUGUUUCUUAAAAUAAAAGCUGGUUAACACAUCAGUCUCAAAUAAACGUCUUUUCUUUUGGA